AUGUUUAUUGUUAAGGAAGUGGAUUCUGACAUUUCACCAGAAGAGCUUAAAUCUAUAAUUAUUAAUCAAAAUGACUCAAUUAAAAAUUACAUUAAAGACAAUAGUGACCUAGAUUUCAAAUUUAAACGCCUUAAUAAAAACGAGAAAUUAUACAAUGCAGUAUUUGUUACUGCACCAUAUUUAUGUCGCACUAUUCUAAAAUCUGAAAAGUUAAAUGUCGAUCAUCGACGCUUAUACAUCGAGGAAUUCACUCCCUUACUCCAAUGCUUUAGAUGUCUUAGCUAUGGUCACACCCGUAAACAUUGUAAGAACAAUGAUACUCACUGCUCCCAUUGCUCCGAAUCUGGUCACGAGUACAACGACUGUCCAGUGAAGAAGGACCCUUCCAAAGUCAAAUGCCAUAACUGUAAAACUUUUGCUGAAAAGAGCAAUAGGGGCAGUGAUAAAUUAGAUCAUAGCGCCACAUCUGACUCUUGUCCGAGGAAACAAACCAUGAUCGUCCGCACUCGUACUAGGAUCGAUUAUGGAUCA